ACUAGAAUGCAUACCGCGUUGAAUUGUGGGAUAUGAUCGGAGGAGGCCAGAAGCAAACCUUUGCUUAAUUGAAGAAUCCUUUUUAGAGACAGAAACAGAUUAGAGAGAGAAGAAAGCGAGUUUCAUCGGAAUUCUUCGUGUAUUCGUUGAUCGAGCAAGAUGAGUUUUCUUUUCGGCAAGAAAAAGACACCCGCAGAACUCCUACGGGAGAACAAGAGGAUGCUGGACAAAUCUAUUAGAGAAAUAGAAAGAGAGAGGCAAGGUUUACAAACACAAGAGAAGAAAUUAAUUCUUGAAAUAAAGAAAAGUGCCAAACAAGGACAAAUGGGAGCUGUGAAGGUGAUGGCCAAAGACCUUAUUAGAACACGGCAUCAGAUUGAAAAAUUUUAUAAGCUUAAAUCCCAACUACAGGGUGUUUCUCUUAGAAUUCAGACUUUGAAGUCAACACAAGCGAUGGGGGAGGCAAUGAAAGGCGUCACAAAGGCAAUGGGGCAGAUGAAUAGGCAAAUGAACUUGCCAUCUUUGCAGAGAAUUAUGCAAGAAUUUGAGAGGCAGAAUGAGAAGAUGGAAAUGGUAACUGAGGUUAUGGGGGACGCCAUUGAUGAUGCUUUGGAAGGGGAUGAGGAAGAAGAAGAAACAGAAGAGCUUGUGAGUCAGGUUCUUGAUGAAAUUGGAAUCGAUAUUAAUUCUGAGCUCUUGAAUGCACCCUCAUCUGCAGUUGCUGCCCCAGCUGCAAAGAACAAGGUUGCAGCAGCACAAGCUGAACCAACAGGAACUGAUGACGGUGGGAUAGACAGUGACUUACAGGCACGGUUAGACAAUUUAAGAAGAAUGUAGUUUUGCUUGUAGAGAGUACUUUGAUUGUGAAACAGCAGUUUAUUAUUUGGCCUUGUAAUAUUUGUGAAGAAUUUGUCAACUCGAAUAAUGGUUUGGUACAGUUGAUAUCGGUAUAAAAACUACUUUUGUUGCGUCA